GAUACUUCUAACAAAGUAACAUCUUACAUUGAACAAGCAAAGAAGAACCCGAAAUCCUUUAGAAAUCCUUUAGAAGGCAUAGCCUGCUUAGAGUCUUGCAUUAGCGAAACGGCUUUAUUCGGUUUUAUGACUCAACAAUGAGUAUUCUAUAUAUUAUCAUACUAAUACUUUCGUGCUUGCCACUUGUAUAUUCACUGGAAAUUGAACGUAGAAAAUAUGGAGAUAGACUGACAAAUGGUAGUAUCUGUGAUGAAGGAACUUAUGUUAUGAAACAAAAUGUGGCGCCAACUUUAUAUUGCGAGUCUCGCAUGAACGGAGCAGGAUGUGAUUGGAAAUUUGACGAUUCAAAUAGUCACCAUAUUGGCUUUGUUCCGAAGGAGACAUUCAGGUCACUAAGUUUGAAGGUGAAAUUAUUAAAGAUGGCAUAUUUUCCAGAUGGAAAUUGUAGUAAUCACUCAAUCGGGAGAAUAGAUGCUCAAAACAUUGACAUAAGUGAUGUAUCAGUUUGGGAUUCUAAAAUUGGUGAAAAUAUCAAUACGUCUUUAAUUUAUCAAUUUAAUUAUACAAGCAAAUUUCUCAAGGUAACUUUUAAUAAACACUGGGGUGGAAUGUUGAUCAAAUUAUUUAUAAAUUGUUUGAAUGAAACUGGAGAGAAUAUCGGAAAAUAUGCCGAGACAAGAUGUGUGAUGAUUAAAUAUGAAGGAAAUAUUACGUAUCAAAUCGCAAUAUUAAAAGCAACAACAUCUUCACCACCACCACCAACCUCAACAACAGCAACGACGGAAGCAAGAAAAACGACGGUAAGAGCGGGAACAACACCAGCAAGAAAAACGGUAGCAGGAACAACGACGGCAGAAACAACUAACGCAAGAAUAAGAACAUCAAGAGCGACGAAAGUUAACCGCACUAAUACAACACAUAUGACAUGUGUCAAUAUCAUUUACAAAUCUAGCACUCAAAGAGAAAAUGCACUUAAUGGUGUCAUAUGUACUUUGGGAGGACUUAUCCUUAUUCAAUUUCUCGUGAUAUAUGUGGGCAUAAAGAGAAGUCUAUUGGUGAUAACAAUAAAUUGGAAAAACAAGGAUAACCAAGCUAGUACUCAGGGAGAUAUUUAUGAUGACAUUGCAUCACCCACCUCAGUUAAUUUUCAAUUAAGUAAACCUGACCAGGAGAGUCAAAAUUACACUGAAUUAUCAUUGUCACAGAAGGACGUUAUCCAGGCUAAUUACGCUAGUCUAUGUAAAGAUAACCAAAGUUACGAUGGCUACGAAACAACGUCAAGAUACAAAUAAUGUCUUAGGCUCAAAAUGUGAAUUACAAUGUAGCAUUUAGUUACUUCAGACAUGGAAGACAAAAUUAUAAACGUUUUACAAGAACAAGACAUGUAACGGAUUAAUUCGAACUAUAUAUUAUGUGUAUGGACAGACAAAAGAAGGUGAAAGGUGCUCCAUGUCGAUGUUUCCUUAUGUUUCAUAAACCAUGAAUAUUUUCCGGAAUUAUUGUGUAUUAAAUAUUUUAGAGGGAAUAGAUUUCAUCAAGUAAUA